GUGCGUUCCAUCCAACUUGACUCUGUGGCGAUGGCGGACGUGGACAAGUUGAUGCGCUUGCUGCGGCCGAUCUACGAUGCGAUCGAUGGACGGCAAUACAAGAACGCGAUCAAGCUGUGCAAUCAAAAGAAGAUCUGUGACCUUGACCUCGUCCAAGUGUUGCAGGCGCAUUGCUUGGAGCGCACGGGUAAGGUAGACGAUGCCCUUCGCAUCGUGCGACGCGUGCAGCUCAAGAAACCCACGGACGAGAACUUGCUCCACACGAUGCAGCUCGUAUUCAAACUGUGUGGCGUCCCUGAAGAGAUGCUUACGACGUAUGAGCAUGCCGCCGCGGCGAACCCAACCAACAAGGAAAUGCAUUGUCAGCUUUUCUAUGGGUACGCACGCGCGAUGUCGCUGGCCAAGCAGCAGCAGCUCGCGUUCAAAAUCUACAAGUCGUUUGGCUCGCUUCAAUGCGUCGGCUGGGCGUGCUUGAGCAUGCUGCUUCAAGUGACUGUGGACAAGUCACUGCCUGUGAAGAUGCUGCCACUGGCCGACAAAAUGCUGACAAAGGCACUACGCGACCACCCGAACGAGUUGAAUGGCGAAUUUGGCCAGCUGCUGGUGCAGUUGCUGCAGGCGCAAGACAAGCCGCACGACGCAAUGGCUGCAUUCGACGAGUUCAUUCGAGGUGCCUCCACCACCGAUGACAAGAACACGGUUGCCCAAGUCAAGCCACGAUCGCUUGAAGGCCAAGGUGUUCCCGACGACGAGAUCGACCUAGGGCCGAUGCAAUCGAUCGAUCGCAACGCGCUCGAGGCGUCGUUGGCCCGCGACAUCCAAGACUGGACUCGCACGGCCGCCGUAUACACCGACCUCUUGACAAAUUUCACCGCGGCGGACGACUGGACGUUCUGGCUCGGACUCAUCGACGCUACGUUCCAAAUGAACACACCUGAUGCACACGCCCGCUUGAAGCACACAAUCGAGAGCCUGCAACAACUUCAUGGAACAAAACUGCGCGGGCCGUGGCUCGCCGGCGUCGAGGUUGCCGUGCGCCAUGUCCAGACUUCUCCGUCGCUCUCCCAAGCCGACCGAGACAAGCUUGACGUCGCCGUUGUCCACGACGCCAUUGUGCCGUACAUGGAUCGAUUUGCCAGCAAAACGUGCUGCGUGACCGAUCUCCACCGGUACAUGAGUGCCAUGGGUGACGCUGGGAAAGCCGCGUGGGUCGACGCGGCGAAAACCCGCCUCGCCACGGCCCAGGCCCUACAACAGGCCGGUUCAGACGACAAAGCCCAAGUGACCAAGGAAUUUCGCCACGCUCUCACGGCCCGCAAGAUGCUGCGAUUCCUCGGCGAACACUUGGCGCUCUCGAUCGACGACUUGUUGGCCCGGGUCGAUACCAUGCUGACUGAGUACGAUGCAAACCAAUGGCUCAAUGACCAGGCCGUCGGUGGACAGCGCGAAGUCCAAGUCACCGACGACCUACUGCUUCUGACGGUGUUGCUCCUUCUUGACGCAGUCGAGGUGGUGGCCCAUGCGACGUCGGUAGUCGAAAAGAAUGCCACCGUCCGUGGCUUACUUUUGCAUGCCGCCACGUGCUUGGAAUUUGGGCUCGCCAAAAGCGCCUACAACUUUCAGAUGAAGCUGUUGCUGUGCCGCGUGUAUGCGCUCCUCGGCGCCGGCGACGCGUUCUUCACAAGGUACCACGAGCUCGACAUCAAGCAAAUCCAAGUCGACUCGCUGUCAUACUUGGUGCUGGAUCCGCUACUGGCGCUCGGCCAAGUCGAUGACGCCCGCCGCAUCUGUGAGUCGAUUCGGUCGCUCCAUCGCACGACGGCGCGGGACACACCCGAGUUCAUCUCGCGCGCUUAUCGACUGGGGGUAUUCUCCAAGGCCCAGGACAUGACUGGAUUUCUCCUCCACAAGAUGAAGCGGUCGCAAAUGCUGGCCCUGGCAACGUCCGAGCUGGUUCACUCGAGUCUUGCCGACCUCACGCGCACCACGAUCAGUCAUCUGCAGAGCCAAUUUGCCCUUCAACCAACACUGCCUUUGCUCGACGACCUUGAACGGCUCGUACAUGCUGCCACGUCAUCCGGUCUCUCGCCCAACCACCACCGCGAAGUCCAAGUCACGUGGACCGCUUCCGUGCCGCAGACAAAAGGACGGUAUGUGUUUGAACCCAACUCGACGGUAUCGUGCGACCGAACGACUUCCGACCCCGCCGUGGUGACGCAGUGGCUCCAGCUGCGUGUGACUGUGCCGCACCUGGUCGCGACCGUCCUCUCUGGUCAAGCAACGCCUGAGGCGGUGGCUGGUCAUUUGGGCACACUCAAGUCGGCGGUGCAAUCGAUUCAAGGCGUGCAGGACUCGCCAUCUACUCUGUGGCAAGUCGCGCUGACAGCCGCAGACGCGUUGACGCACACGAUCGCAGCGAUCGACGAUUUUUCAAAGGCAGCGGACGCCUUGGCCGAGCUGGCCACGCAGCUUCAGCACGUGAAAGUGUUUGAACACACGUUGGUCGACUCGUCCGGUGGCCAUGCCGUGUUAAAUGCGCAUGGCUUGUCACUGGCGGCGACGUGGACGCACCAAGUGAGCACUUACGUUGUGCUUCUCAUCGCGUUGGUCGGCAAGCUGGUCAAGCCCAAGAAGAAGGCCAAAACCGACGGCAAUGCGACGAAGAAGGCAUGUGUCGACCGCCUCAAGGCAGCUAUCCAAGCGCACAUCGAGCUCAACACUCGAGCGCAGCACGUCCUCAAGGAAUUCAAAGCCGCCGUACCGCCCGUCCCUGCCCACGCGGUCGUCGCGGAAUUUGCAGCCGCUGUGCAAGCCAAGAUAGCUGCCGCCCACGACGCGACUGCUGUCAAGCUGCUUGGCGCAGUCACCGACCAAAUUGGGUUUUUGCGGUCGCUCUAGAACGUUUAGAGGCUGUUUGUCGUUCAAGGGAUAUAUCGCGUCGGUGUGAUAAGGUUUAUUCACAUUGCAGAUAAUGAUGCUUACUGAAUGUGUCCGGGACGAGUAUGUGGGCAAGUGUGUGGACACGACGGCCGUGGGAAGCAGUCUUGACCAACCCUUCCAACACCUUACGCCGACUUGCUGUGCUUCCAAUCUCUGUAACACGCUUCGAGCGCCGCUUGUUCCUUGCGGCAUUCUUGCAAUUCAUGCCAGUUCGAGUCCAACGCGUUCUUGUACUUGGUGAACGCGUCGCCGCAGUUGGUUUCGAGCACCCGCAGCGUUUUCAACACGCAUGCCGUGACCUUUUCGCCAGGAACCAAGCACGCACGAGGGUUCUCAUCCUUGCUCUUGCACACGAGGUAUUCCUUGUUCACGCUCGCACACUCCGUGCCGUAGAUCGUCGCCGCGCUCAGCAGUGCCGUCGAAUCGGUCGCAGGGGUCGACGACUUGGAACUCAUGACGUUGAUUCCUGCAGCCACAAAAACUCC